CAGAUAUAUUUCACUAGAGAAAGCAUUGACAUGUUACUGAUACAGAUAGAGUUCACUAGAGAAAGCAUUGACAUGUUAGUGAUGCAGAUAGAUUUCACUAGAGAAAGCAUUGACAUGUUACUGAUGCAGAUAGAUUUCACUAGAGAAAGCAUUGACAUGUUACUGAUGCAGAUAGAGUUCACUAGAGAAAGCAUUGACAUGUUACUGAUGCAGAUAGAUUUCACUAGAGAAAGCAUUGACAUGUUACUGAUGCAGAUAGAGUUCACUAGAGAAAGCAUUGACAUGUUACUGAUGCAGAUAGAGUUCACUAGAGAAAGCAUUGACAUGUUACUGAUGCAGAUAGAGUUCACUAGAGAAAGCAUUGACAUGUUACUGAUCCAGAUAUAUUUCACUGGUAUAUUUUCUUCAUUAUUGUCAAUAAAAAUUGUCACAAAAUUAAAGAAGACAAAAGAGAGUAUCACUGAUAACAGAAUGUGUCAGUCUAGAAAUCGGAGUAAUGUAGCGCUAGGAGUCCUUGUCCAUUUAAAGUUAUUAAACUGAAAUUUAAAGCGUUCAUCUGAUCGCGAUGGUAUUUCUCUAGGUAAAAUGGGUAUUUAAAUAUAACACAACGAAUAUGGAAAUGUCGAAAUGUACAAUGUAUGUGCAAUAUACCGAUACAGUACUCACGAGGAUAUCCUUCACUUAAACGUACAUGUUAACAUCAUGGAUACAACAACAGUGUCAGUGGCCACCACCACUCCAUCAAUGACUGACGAAGAACGUUGGUUUGGAUGGUUCAGCGCGGUUUUCCUUUUUGGUUUUCUCUGCUGCUGUAAGUCUCGUCAUCGUGAAUCUCUUAAAGAAUGUUGCGCCGGAUUUUUCAGGCAUUUACUGGACUGUAUUUCAGAAUUUUUCAACGUAUGUAAAACAGAAAUAUGUAAGUGUUUCGGUGCGUUAACAUCAAAUUGCUCAUUCUGUAAACGAUCGAGACUCUACGUAAGUGACACCACUGAACGCACAGAUGCCGAGGCAGAAUCAUCCCAACAUCUAGUAGUUAUGAGUGUGUCUGGUCAGUUUUCAGAACUUAACGAGGACCAAACGGAAAAUGGUGAUGAAAACCCUUCUGUCAGUGCGGUUCCACCUCCGUCGUACGAUAGCCUUGUAUUUAAUCCCAUACAACCAUCCACAAGUUACCACGCAGAAAGGGAUGAUGAAAAUCCUUUAGUUAGUGUGAUCCCACCUCCGUCUUAUGAAGGUCUUGUGUCUAAUCAUGCGGAACCAUCACCAAGUUACCACACAGAAAGUGAUGACGAAAACUCCCCAGUCAGUAUGAUCCCACCUCCGUCGUACGAUAGUCUUGUGCCUAACUCCUCUCAACCAUCCCCAAGUCAUCACACAGAAAGUGAUGACGAAAACUCCCCAGUCAGUGUGAUCCCACCUCCGUCUUAUGAAGGUCUUGUGUCUAAUCAUGCGGAACCUUCACCAAGUUACCACACAGAAAGUGAUGACGAAAAUUCCCCAGUCAGUAUGAUCCCACCUCCGUCGUACGAUAGUCUUGUGCCUAACUCCUCUCAACCAUCACCAAGUUACUAGGAGGUCCUGCGCUGAAGAUCAAGGUACAUAUUUUGAGUUGAUACUGACAAUGCAUCCACUUAAUUUUCCUUAUACACUGAAGAUGUUACUUGGAAAUCAUGUGAAAGACUGUCAGCAUUGUUGCUGUAUGAUGACUUAGGGAUGACAAUGAUAAUAUUGAAAUAUCAAUUGUAAGUCAAAGGUGAGGGAGCUAACUCGAGAGAGGGUUCAGAACACCGAUCCACAGUCACAGCAUAAACUCCGCCCACCAUUGUUACGUCAUAUAGCAACAACGGAAACUCGGACAAAGACAGUAAACAAUGGCGGCGACUGCAAACACUUUCGAGAUAAUCCUGGUCUAACCUAUGUUAGCUUACUUUAAAUGUGUCACCAUUUCAUCCCGUGUGAAGUAGAGGGGUUGAUUUUGUAACUCACCCAAAAAACAACUUGAAAAUCACAAUGAAAUUUUAGACCUAACGUUAGGCUGACGAUGCUCACUCGGGUUAAUUUUGUAAUACUUAUGUCGUUGAUGAUUGUUAACGCCCUUGUAAGGCAGUCUGUUGAGAUUUGUUUUUCAUAUAUUCAUUCAAUAUCUACAUUCAUUGGUCUGCUAACUGAUUAAAAUGUUAAGACUUGUUAGAUUGA